CCGGUCACAGCAGGAGACGGGCCCAGCUGACAGUCAUGAGCCGCUUACAAUGCCGCUUGCAAGCAUGGGAAACGCCAACUGAGGAAUCAUAUAUGUAUAUGUGGCGUCGAUCAUUUAACAGGUUUCUAACUCGCGACCUUCUUUAUUAGUAGUUCCUGGCUUCUUUAUACCUAGGAAAGAAUUCGAUAACCUUAGCGCUGACAAGUAUUUGGCUAUGUCUCAAUUCUCACCUCAAACGUUGAUUGCAAUCUUGCAGUUAAUCCUCACCACCUUUCAAUUCAUCUAUACGUUAUUCAGCUCCUAUUGUCGUAGAAGAGACCAAAACCGGGCUAGAGAUCCAGAUGAAGAAGACUCAUGGGUGCCAUUCCAGCAUGCUUAUCCCACUCACACGACUAUCGACAUCAAUACACAUUUCAAUCCGAUGCCAUUGCCACGGCUUCCGGUUUCCGGUGAUGGGUUGCUCUCCUCCACCUAUCUCAGCUUAGAUAUGCACCAGGGAGGUAGCAGACUUCAACAGGUCCGCCAAGCGCCUACUCAACAUUCUGAUGACCAACAAUUGCCAACCUUACUCAAUCGACCCCAUGAACAGUCCCAGAUUACGGGGAAUGUGUCAUCAUAGAACCAGUGAUGAUCUUUCCGUAAGGUCAUGUACCACCCACUUUCGGAAAGGUGUUUCUACCGGCGGUAGGGUAGCCUUCCCGUAACCCGUGACCCCAGGUUUAAACUUCAAAGCACCUAAGUAACUGUUUAAGGGAUGUCAAUAUGGGCGGCCUUUGAAGAUCAUUGGAAAUGAAGCGUUCUAUAGGCCUUAAAUACU